AUGGCUUCCUCUCCGCCCAUGCUGCCCCAAGACGACGAAGCCAACCUCCUAGACGACGAUGACGUGAUGCGCGAUGUUGACGACUUGGACGAGGAGGUUGAAGAAGCAGAGGGCAUCGACCUGUUUGCAGACGACUUCGAGAACGAUUACAGAGCCCGGGAGAACGAUGCCUAUGAAGGCGAAGGCAUUGAUGACGAAGGAGACUACGAUGACCUUGAUCUUGCUUCGAGACGUGAGCUUGAUCGCCGCCUGAAUCGUCGCGAUCAAGAAGCCAGACGCCGUAUGCCAGCUGCAUUUCUUCCAGAUGAAGACGAACAAGACGGCCUGGCCGAUCUCAUGGGUCGUCGUCGUGUGAGGAGACAUCGCUACGACGAGGAGGAUGAAAUGGACAUGGGAGACGACAUCAUGAAUGAGGAGCUGUCGCUUGAAGCGCUCACCGAUGUGAAGGCCAACACAUUGACCGACUGGGUUGCUCAACCCCGAGUUGCCAAGACCAUCGCUCGCGAGUUCAAAUCCUUCCUGACCGAAUACACGGAUGAGCAUGGGACUUCAGUCUAUGGUACCCGCAUCAAGACUCUUGGUGAGGUCAACACCGAGUCUCUAGAGGUUUCUUUCGACCAUCUUGCUGAGCAGAAAGCCACCCUGGCCUUCUGGCUUGCCAAUACGCCCACUGAGAUGCUCAGGAUUUUCGACCAAGUGGCCAUGGAGGUCGUGCUGAUACACUAUCCUGAGUACGAGCGCAUCCAUGCUGAGAUCCAUGUUCGCAUCACCGACGUCCCGGUCCAGUAUACUCUCCGCCAACUCCGUCAAUCACAUUUGAACAGUUUAGUCCGUGUUAGUGGUGUUGUUACUCGCCGAAGCGGAGUCUUUCCCCAGCUCAAAUAUGUCAAGUUUGAUUGCACCAAGUGCGGUGUCACACUCGGACCGUUUCACCAGGACUCAAACGUCGAAGUCAAGAUUUCUUUCUGCCAGAAUUGCCAGUCGCGUGGUCCGUUCACAGUCAACUCUGAGCGCACGGUGUACCGAAAUUACCAGAAGCUGACCCUGCAAGAGUCGCCAGGAACGGUCCCAGCUGGUCGUCUACCUCGUCACCGCGAGGUCAUCCUACUCUGGGAUCUGAUCGACUCUGCAAAGCCGGGUGAGGAGAUUGAAGUGACUGGUAUCUACCGAAACAACUACGACGCCGCACUAAACAACAAGAACGGUUUCCCGGUUUUUGCGACGAUUCUUGAGGCCAAUUAUGUCGUUAAAUCGCAUGACCAGCUGGCUGGUUUCCGACUCACAGAAGCGGACGAGCAAGAGAUUCGAAAACUGUCAAAAGACCCCAAAAUCGUUGACAAAAUUAUCGACUCAAUUGCACCCAACAUUUACGGACAUACCGAUAUCAAGACGGCUGUGGCUCUCUCGCUCUUUGGUGGUGUUAGCAAGGUGGCCCCUGGCCGCCACUCAAUCCGUGGCGACAUCAACGUCCUACUUCUCGGAGAUCCCGGUACAGCAAAGUCUCAAGUCCUGAAGUUCGUCGAGAAGACUGCCCACCGUGCUGUUUUUGCAACAGGUCAAGGUGCUUCUGCUGUUGGUCUUACAGCCUCUGUCCGUCGAGACCCAAUGACUAGCGAAUGGACAUUGGAAGGUGGAGCACUUGUGCUAGCUGAUAAAGGCACUUGCCUGAUUGACGAGUUUGACAAGAUGAAUGAUCAAGACAGAACAUCCAUCCACGAGGCCAUGGAGCAGCAGACUAUUUCCAUCUCCAAGGCAGGUAUUGUCACUACACUACAAGCACGAUGCGCGAUCGUGGCAGCUGCUAAUCCUAUUGGCGGUCGUUACAAUUCGACGAUUCCCUUCUCGCAGAAUGUGGAGCUGACCGAGCCCAUCUUGUCUCGAUUCGACAUUCUGUGCGUAGUCCGCGAUACUGUGGACCCAGCCGAGGACGAACGUCUUGCGAAAUUCGUAGUCAAAUCACACGGCCGAGCACAUAAUACCGUAAAUUCUUCAUACGGUUUCUCAGACAAAGGCAAGGCUUCGCAGAACGGCGCAACCCAGAGUGGUGAAGGCGAAGAUGGUAUGGAAGUCGACUCCGAAUCUCAAAUACGAGCUGGCGAGAUUCCGCAAGAGCUGCUGCGAAAGUACAUUCUGUACGCACGAGAAAACUGCCAUCCCAAGUUGUACCAAAUCGACCAAGACAAGGUUGCUCGUCUCUUCGCAGACAUGCGCCGCGAAUCCAUGGCAACUGGGGCUUACCCAAUUACAGUCCGUCAUCUCGAAGCUAUCAUGCGUAUUGCGGAAUCUUUCUGCAAGAUGCGCCUGUCAGAUUACUGCUCUUCCUUGGACAUUGAUCGAGCCAUUGCUAUUACAGUCGAGUCGUUCAUUGGAUCGCAAAAGGUCAGCGCCAAGAAAGCUCUUCAGCGGACGUUUGCAAAGUAUACGCUCAAUAGGCCUGGUGCUGUCCGCGCCCCUGCACGUGGAGGUCGACAGACAAGGGCAGCUGCUUAG